CAAGUCCACGAAAUCCAUUGACAAUAUCAUCAUUUUCUUCGAUGCCGAAAAAAAGAUUGACGUGUUUAUUUCAUUUGUGUCCGCGUGAAAUUGUGCGAUCUCAUUUAUAAAGCCGGUAUAUAUCGUAUUUUUAAUAUUUCUUUAACGUUAAAUCAGUGAAAAAUGUUACACACAUAUUUAUUAGGUAUAUUAAUAUUUGCGGCGAGGUCAUCCGCUCUUUACGACUCCUCGUCAGACGUGGUGGAACUGACGCCUAGCAACUUCGACAGACUGGUUACAAACUCUGAUGAAGUGUGGAUUGUGGAGUUCUUCGCGCCGUGGUGCGGACACUGCAAGAACCUUGUUCCAGAAUAUAAAAAAGCCGCCAGGGCCUUAAAGGGAAUAGUUAAAGUGGGUGCAGUAGAUGCAGACAACCACAAGAGCCUAUCACAGAAAUAUGGAGUCACUGGGUUCCCAACCAUCAAAAUCUUCACGGGCAGCAAACACACACCAUACCAGGGCCAGAGAACCGCCGAGGCAUUUGUAGACGCAGCCCUCAAGGCAGCUAAGGAGAGAGCAUAUGACAACUUGGGCAAGAAACCCAGUGGUGGCUCCGAUAAGUCGGAUGUGAUCGAGCUGACGGACAGCAACUUCAAGGAGCUGGUGCUGGACAGCGAGGACCUGUGGCUGGUGGAGUUCUUCGCGCCGUGGUGUGGACACUGCAAGAACCUCGAGCCGCACUGGGCCAAGGCCGCCACCGAGCUCAAGGGCAAGGUGAAAGUGGGAGCGCUAGAUGCCACCGUACACCAGGCCAUGGCGGCGCGGUACCAGGUGCAAGGAUAUCCCACCAUCAAGAUGUUCCCAGCCGGCAAGAAGACCAGUGACUCCGUCGAGGACUACAACGGCGGCCGCACCGCCAGCGACAUCGUCGCCUGGGCCAUGGAUAAGGUCGCCGAGAAUGUGCCCGCGCCGGAAAUUGUGCAGGUAAUUGACGAGGAAACCAUGAAGGCGUGCAGUGAGAAGCCGCUCUGUGUAGUGUCGAUCCUGCCUCACAUCCUGGACUGCAACGCGGCCUGCAGAAACGACUACCUAGCUGUACUUAAGCGGCUCGGAGAAAAGUACAAGAACAAGAUGUGGGGUUGGAUCUGGGCGGAAGCUGGUGCCCAAACUGCAUUGGAAGAGGCGCUGGAGCUUGGUGGCUUCGGAUACCCCGCCAUGGCCGUCGUCAAUGCCAAGAAACUCAAGUUCUCCACGCUCAGGGGAUCCUUCUCAGAGACUGGCAUCAAUGAGUUCCUCAGGGAUCUGUCGUUCGGUCGAGGCCAGACUGCCCCGGUGAGGGGUGCCGAGAUGCCCAAGGUGGCCUCCACUGACCCUUGGGACGGCAAAGACGGAGAACUUCCGCCAGAAGAGGACAUUGACCUGUCAGACGUAGAUCUCAAAGACGAGUUAUAAACUGUGCUGUGAAUCGUGUUUUGUAAAGUGUCUGUGUUAGGAUAGACUUCAUAUCGCGUCAACGUCAGGUGAACGCAUCAGAAGCUAUGAAAAUGACCUGCAUGUCACUUAUGAUUCUAAUAGCUGAUAAGUUGUGGGUAGCUUCUCUGACGCGCAUGGCCUACGCAUGACAUGAUCUGAAGUGAAUUUUAAGUCAGUUGCAAGAAAUUUUAUGCUUCCAUCGAAGGUUUGUGCUCAAUUUUGUGACCUUUCAUGUCUGUUACGUCACUAAUAUUUUCGUGUGACACAAAAUAUAGAAGAAAACAGUAGUUUCUUGCAACCGGCUAUGUGUGUCAAUCAUAGGUAUAGAGAAUGGACUGCAGAACAAAAUAAAGGUGGCCAAUAGAUGACUUUCUGCAUGUCUGUAAUGAUGAAAGGGCAAACUUAACUCCUACAAGUUUGUCAUUUAUACCAUUCAGAAUUUUAGAACACUACUGGCCGCAUAUUAAUCUCUUACACAUUUCCCCCAAGUCUCAGAAACAGCUGGAUGGUAAUUCACAGUCUAUUUUCUAUGUCUAUUGUGUCAGUGUACUGCCAUUGUAAAGACAAAACAUUUCUCGAGUUGGUGUCUCAAAUAAAAAAAACAAUCAAUCCAUGUCAGAUAUUUAAUGUUUAUUUUGACUAAACAAUUACUAGCAUACAUUAUAUGAAUAUAAAUUUUGAACUGUUGCAUUUUGAGAUAGGAGUUUUUUGUCAUGAAUAUAUGGUUGAUAUGUAUAAUUACAUGUUGGGCUCAGUGUAAAUCUAAUAUGUCUGUUGCAUUUAGCAUUUUUUAUUAUCGAAUCUAAUAACUUAUUUAUGAAAAUAUUGCAAUUCGAUAUAAAACUCUUUGUAACACUUUUCGUAAUAGUUUUUAUCUAGUACUUAAACUUGCAAGUGUCAACCUAAGUGAAUUUUCCUUUAUAAAUAUCAGCCUAAAUCUGUACGCUGUAUGUUCAUUUUCAACUAACACAAUCUAGUUAAUCACUGAUCAUUAAUUAAAACUGUAAUUAGAUUGUAAUUAACGCGUACAAACAUGUUUCUCAACGUCGCCUAUUCUCGAUAUCUCGUAUGUAACAGAAAUUGUAUCAAAGUUUAUUUUUCUACAAUCUAUUUUCACAUAUCUAAAUCACAAUUAUAAUAGAUCUUUGGAGUUCUAAUGCGUGUAAGAUGGACUGACUAUUUGUAUUUUUAUCCGACUGCGCGGAAGAUGGAUGAUGCAGUCAUAUUAGUAAUACGGAAAUAUCAAUUUAGAAUUUAAUUUUAUAAAUGUCGAUCUAGUUGCGGCGUCUCUUCCAGUAAUCAAGCAUUUAGUACAGUCGAGUUUGGAUAAUUUUAUUAUGAAAUCGCUAAUAAAUUUUUAAUUGUAA